CACAACAUCAGAAUCAAUAGCAAAGCGCAAUGGUGAAGGGCCGACAAGAAAAUGUGCUCAAAUUUAUGGUCAUCGUUGGUGUUGUGAUUGCAUCACAAAUACUAGUUGAAUGUCACCCACAAAAUUUAUUCGAAAUCGAAAAUUUUAAUUGCACCUUUGAUCCAAACUAUUUCACAACGAAAAACAGUGGAAAUUGUGCACUGAAAGUGGUCGACGGCCGAAAUAAAUUUAUCAGCGGUCAUGGUGACUUGGAAAAGCCUAUCGAUGACCUCAACGUCGACGUUAAAGUGUAUUUGGAAAGUAUGUUGGCAGACGGCCAUUUUCAUUUAUUGUUCAACAUUUCGGAAAAUAUCUGCAGUUUAGCCGAUGAUGCGAAGGCGUCUUCGUUUGCAUUGGCCAUCCGUCCGGUAUGGCAGCAAUACACGAACGCGCCGCUUUUUGAAUGCCCAAUCGUAGCAGGGAAGUAUUACGUGAAUGACAUCGAGUACAAUGAUUUAGCUGCCGAAUAUAUACCGGUUGGCAUACCAAAUGGACACUAUAAAAUCGACAUAAAACUUCUCAAUAAAAGUGACAUCGUAAUAAGUGCAUCGAUUUUGUUGACAGUGAAAAAACCGACGCAAUCGGAAUAAUUUUAAGUUUAAGUGUACGUAUAUGUGUAUGUAUGGUCCUCUCGAAUUUACUCUUGAAAUGAGAAAUCGAGAUCUUCUUCACUUUUUUUCCCUAUCCCUCUGUCCUUAUGUGUUUGUUUUUGUUGUUGCUCUGAAACCACUUUACAUUUUAUUCAAUAAUAAGUUUUAACGUUUUUUUUUA